UCCAACCCCGUAGCAUUUUGCUAAAUUACAAAUAAAUGAUUUUAUAGUGUGAUACACAGAUAUUUAAAUUGGUGUUAGAAGAUGUGAUACACAACACGAAAACCCCUGGAAAUGGAAGGAACCAAACAAUAAGUUAAAAAAAUUACACAUAAAUUAACCUCAAGUAAUCAGCUGUUUCUGCUUGUUGUCUACGUUAAUAGUACAGCCAUGCAACAGAGACCAGAGCAAUUUACUUUAUUUUCAUGCGUUUAUUUCUUAGUGAAAAUUCUGAUUCCAUUUUCAUAUGCUUAUUUUUUAGUGAAAAUUCUGACUCCGCCAUUGUGUACAUUGAUGAACAAAAAGGAAAGAAAACAUUGUUAAUAACGUAGAAUCUGUUAAUGAUUGCCCAUGUAGAAACAAAUCUCUUUUUUUCCAUUCACAUCAAACCUCUUCAUUUUGUUAACUUUGAAUUGAUCCUACUAAAGAAAAAACAGCAAGUUUCAAUCUCAGCUCUUCAAUAAUGUCGAAAAAUACAUUGAUCCCGCGUUCAAAAUCUGUUCCUUGCAGGAUAUCAGAAACUCAAAAUGUUAGAUCAACAAAUUCAGAUGACUCAUUGAAACCAUCAUGGCAUAAAAAAAUCGAUGAGGAAAGAAAGAGAGGAUCAUCGUCUUCAAAGAACUCGAGGAGUAAAAAUAACCUCGAUGAAUUCAACAAAAGAAAUGCAAUUCAAGAAGAGAAGAGGUACUCUGCAAGAAGUCCAUAUUACAAAGGACUUACUGAUUCAUCCAAAGAGAUUAAUCGACAGAAGUCGUUAGCAGGUAGUACUCAUGGAAAAGAUAGCAGCUUAUCAUCUUCGUCAACAAGUAACAGUUCUAAAUCAAAUUUAGCUAUCAAGGUACAAGAGUGGAGUGCAUCUUACUUUGUUCGCAAAGGCAAAGAAGAACGAGCAUCCUCCAGCUUCUUGAAUGUUUCUUCGGGGAACAAGAACAUCCGUGAUCCUUCUUCAUCAGAGACAAAAGUAAUCAGAACGACAAUCGGAGAAGAACUUGGUAUACAUUCAAAAGUAGUUAGAAGAAGAAGCAAAAGUAGAAUUUCACAAUUAGAUCAGGGGAAGCCUUUGAGGGAGAGAGCAUCAGAAAUGCAAACAAAUAAUAUAGUACUACUACCUGCAGCCCCUGCACCUGCACCGCCAGUAACAUCACCGACAAAAUUGUCAGUACCAUCUCCACCACCAACUCCAUUAAUAUUACAAACAUCGCAAGACGAAGAAAUUGAAUCAGUACAACUACCAUUACCAGGUUCACCAACUCAAAGUGUUCAUGAUGAAAAAGAUACCACAAAUGUGAAAGAUACGACAGUUCCUGAAGAACAUAUUGACAAAAGAUUUACAUGGGCUGACAAGUAUAGGCCUAAUGCUCUUAAACAUUUUCUAUGCAAUCGAAAUAUUGCUCUAGAGUUGAAGGCUCUGGCAGAAACAGAUAGCAGUAUUCGCCAUUUCAUAUUUGCAGGACUGCCAGGAGUAGGGAAAAGAACCAUGAUAUUUGCUCUGCUUCGUGAAAUUUAUGGACACGAUAAAGUACAGGCAAGAGAUAAGUGCAAGGUGUUCCACUUAAAGGUAUCAAUUCCCUGCCAUCUUUCUUUCUAUUGUAUUUCUUUCGAUAAGUUAGGCAUACUAAACUCGGAAACUAAGGUUCAGAGGACACAAAAUAUGAAGAUAGUGAAAGUAGCUUAUUCUCAAAAUGCAUUUCAGGGAGAAUCAGUUCCCAGCAUCAAAGUAAAUGUGAAGGAAUCGAACAAACAUGUUGAGAUCAAUCUCUCUGAAACUAAAGGCUAUGAGAAACAUGUCCUAGUACAACUAAUCAAGGAGAGAAAGCACAAAUCAUCCAGUAGAUCUGCACCUUCCAAUCCUGAUCAUAACUGUAAAGCUAUCAUUCUUGGUGAGGCAGACAAGCUAUCGACAGACGCAUUGUUAUAUAUCAAAUGGAUGAUAGAGAGAUAUGAAGGUUGUUAUAAGGUCUUCUUUUGCUGCAGCGAUAGCACAAAGCUCCAGCCAAUUAAGUCUAUUUGCAACGUUUUUCAUCUUCAAAAACCUUCAGAUGAUGAGAUUGUAGACGUCUUGAAAUUCAUAGCACAACAGGAAGGAAUAGAACUACCACACCAAAUGGCAGCGAGGAUUGCUAGUAACUCUAAAAGUAACCUACGCCAAGCAAUUCGAUCUUUUGAAGCUACCUGGCACUUCAACACUUCCUUGACUGAGAAUCAAGAAAUCAAGACAGGAUGGGAAGACGACAUUGCAGAGAUCGCUAAAAACAUAAUUGAAGAGCAAAGUCCUAAGCAGCUAUACGAUAUUCGUGGGAAAUUGCAGAAUUUGAUAGAGCACAACGUAUCUGCUGAGUUCAUCUUUAAUACUGUGUUUGAAGAACUAAAGAGUAAUUUAGAUGACCAGUUCCACAAAGAAAUGGACAUUUUGAAACUGAAGUAUAAUAUAAAUUCAAAUGAUCUCGAGCAGGGUAAAGGUGAUAACGAUGCAGUAAAAAAGAUUGUUCACAAAUUUAUGAAAAUUGAAGAGUUCACAGCCAAAUUCAUGAGCUGGUAUAAGAUUUUUGUUCUGAAGAAAGGAAAUCAGAACCCCAUCAUCAGCAAAGGGGAUAGAUAGUUUGGAAACCAAGUUCUAUUUGAGUGAUAAAGAAUUUAUAGAACUUUUCCCCAUCACUUUGCUUGGUUAAUAAUUUGGUAUUUCAGUUGUAAAAUAAAGUGGCAAAACUAGCCCAAGCACACAAAUUUUAUGUGCUUAAGAAAUUCUAUCAUCCUGUAAAAUCAUGUAAGAUAAAUAAAAAGGCACCCAAGAAGAUUAUGCUUUCAUUAUUUUCGUUUUAAAAAGAAUGUUACCUUACCAAUGGUCAAUGCAAUGACAUCGAACUCUUAUUGUGAGAGAUCACAAUUGGUGUAUGUAUGCAGUCUCAACCUAUGUUGCUCGAACUCUUCAAAAAUGCUUAUGGAUGCAUGUCGAGUACGCCAAAGGCAGUGCAUCUUUUGAGAAUCUGACAUAUUGUUGAAGAGUUCGUACAAUAUAAAUCUCAACUCGUCCUCCCUCAAUGCCCUGCACAUAUUUCACCAACAUCAAUAGCAAUUCCAUCAAUUACCAUGAGUUGCAUUCAGUAAAUGAAAACCUAUGACCUUUUGGGCAUUCUUUAUGUUAUGGACUAAAAAGAAAAGUAAGACUAGUAAAUUGAAACGAAAUGCAUAUUUUACCAUGAUAUUCAUAUUAAUUGGGGCAUAAUCUUUUAACCGACUUUGGGAAAUAAUUUGAAAUGAGUGGUUAAAGUGAACGGAGAGAUUAGAUAGUAGCACCGAUGAGUGAUGGGAACACUAAAAACAGCUUGACAAAGGAAGAAAAUAAUUAAGCCAUAGUUGAUGGUAUUUUAAGAGACAGCCAAAUUUGAUUAGUUGAAUAUAUUCAAAGCUGUAUGUAUAUAAAUCUCAUAAUUAGUAGAAUAGUGCCAAAUUUAUAGGAAAUACUCCAAUAUAGAAAUAUUCCACAUCUUUUGCUGGAAGAGUGAAAAGAAAAUUAAUAAUAGAUUCAUCAUGAAGGCAGCAGAAACAAUGGGAGUAAUAGAGAAACUUUAAACAACAAUUACGAAAAAGAAAAGCAAGAAAACAGUAGGCAAAAUCGUAGCAAGAGAAAACCAAAUGUAUUUUAUCCGACUUACUGUCGUGUGUAAGUAUAUUUAAUUUUGAAUUUAUAACAUAACUCAGGCCCUAAUAAUUAUAAACUGAAUUCACUUGCAGUAGAGAUGUUAGUUCUCACCACAAUGUUACAAGUUUUUUUUCUUUCUCUGAUGUUCUAUCAAAACCUCAGAGAGUUCAUAAUACAGAAGCAUUACAAGAUAUUGCAGAUAAAUAAGCCAUGUAAAAAUGAUUUCAAAAUUAAACUUUAAAAUUGUCUUGCUGUACAAUCAAUCCAAGUGAAAAAAA